AUGGAAAGAUGGGUAGAGUUUUGGUGUAAGAAAGAUACAAAAUAUAGACAACCCUCACCAAGAAGAGAAAAGAAGUUUGCCCGUCUUACAUCAUCGCAUAACCCAAAUGGCGUAAUUGGUGAAUCUGUUAAUUGGUCUUCUGCUGAAGAAGCUUUAUUUCACAAGUUGGAAGUUAAGAGUCAUAAUAAAAAUGAAACAUACUUGGCAGCCUUUUUAUCUUGCUGGUUGUGUGUAUUUGUGAUUCUUACAAAGGAGGUUGGCUUUAUUCGUCCGGGCGUCUUCAGAAUCGCCUGUCAUUUAGCAUGUGGACAAAGAGUUAGCCUUGUAGUUCCAGUCUUAGCCAGCAUUUACAAAGGUCUAAAUACGAUUUCAAGAUGCUCACGACUUGAUCUCGUUCAAACUUAUUUUCCAAUUCAUUACGUGUAUGGUUGGUUGACCUAUUACUUCAAAACUCAUUACCCAUUAGCAGGUGGACCGGCUAAUCCUUUUAUGGCUUCUUUUUCUGGCGAAGGUACUACCAGGUAUUUUGAAAAAGAGUAUGCAAGAAAGCGUAUACAUGGAGGGGGAACCAUUUCCUGGGAUGCAACAUUGAUCAAAACGCCUAAUGCUCACCACUACCGCGAUGACGGCACUGAAAAAGAAUUUCAAUCGAAUUUCUUUAUGAGCCUUAGCUCAAACUAUCUCACUUUAAGGGAUGAAAAUAUCUUUAUUAUGGAGUCUUAUAGUCCCCAUAGAUUCAGUCGUCAAUUUGGCUUUUUUCAAGAUGCUCCUGAUCGAUUAGAUCAAGAUUUUUGUGAAGCUUCAUUAGUCGAGGGCUUAAGGCUUGCACGAAUUUGUGUGCUGAUAAAAUCUAGGGCAAGAGCAAUAUUUCUUCCUAGUGGGUCCAACUUGAAGAAAUUCUUUUCGCUCAAUUACAAGUCUUGGUGGGAAAAGGUGCAUGAAAAUUUUCUUGAAAAUUAUAUACAGUCCUUGGUGAGUGCUGUUGGUCUGGAUAGUAAUAUUCUUCAAAAGCAAGACGAUGAGGUCUUAAUUGUGAGUCAACCUACUAUUUUGAAAUCUAAAGUUGUUUUUCCAGAUAAGAUCAAGGGAUCUUCCCUUGAGGAAGUUCAAAAAGAAAAGUAUUCAGCUCAAAUUCAAUGGACCUCUCACAAACGUCCAUCUCAAGAUGAAAGUAGUAGCACCCGUAGUGAUCAUUGUUGGAAGCAAUUGAAACUACCUUCUGACACGCCAAACGAUGAUAGUUCACAUCCAGUAGAGAUUUUUCAUAACAAUGUUAGUUCUUCAAAGACUUUGACAGCUAUUAAAGAGGCAAACGAUGUUAGCAUGUUGGAUACUUCUCACCAAAGUAAGCCACAAGAUAGUAAUGAAUCUGUAGAGGGGCCGACUUCAAGAAAAUCAAUUUUGUCACCCAAAUUAGAGCGGGAGGCUACUUUUGUCCCACAUGAAAGGACUACAUCGAAUGUAGAAUAUCCUCCCCAUAAGAAACUGACAAUGUCCGUGUCCAUUUUUGACGGAAAGCAAGUCAUCUCAGAACUUCGAAUGAAUUUUGUCGAAGGAACUUGGAAUAAGAUUCAUUCUAAGCUCGCUGAUCUCACUGCAGAACGUGUUUCUUCUCUUGAGGAUGAGGUCCAAGUAAUUUUUAAGGAUGUAAAUGAAAUGGGGGUGGAUAUUUCUCCUUUGAAGAACUUAUUAGAGUCUCUCUUUGUACUUGCCACCUCCUAUGACCAAGCACAAUCAUCCCUUGCUGAUAAAGCCCUGAAAAUUGAAGAAUCCGUGUCAUAUCUAAAUGCCAAGAAAUACCUUGAUCUUGUCUUGAAUAAAAAGAAUGAGAAAUUCAAAGAGUUGUCUGACAUUUGUCAGUCUCUUAAGGAGGCGAGGAAGAAGGUGAAAGAGUUAAAUGCCCUUCGAGAUGCUGCCAAGAAAGAAGUCGAAGAUGUUGAAUCUAAAGUCUCAACAGCUGAACAAGAGUACAACAGAUGUGUUGAUGUUUCUCUAGCUACUGCAAAUGCCUCAAAUGAUGUGGAAGAUAAGAAGAGAGUUUUAGAGAUUUCUCUUCAAGACUUAACUAAUUAUAAGCUACGUUUAGACUAGCUUAUUAUGAACUAUAUUUAUAUAUUUUUUAAUAUUUUUUUAGCAUUCUGAUUGAUUAGUUGUUACUCUUUUAUAAAUUCUUUUGAUUGCAUUAUAUUGCCCAUUUCUUCAUGUA